CUUUUGUGCAUCUUGAGCCCUUUAUCAAAAAACUCAUUUUCAAUACUUUUUUUUGCUGUCAGAGAAAUGCCACCGGCCAGAAAGUCGAACAAGCUGUCUCGAAAGGAGCUGCAGCAGCUCAAAGAGUAUGGUCAGCUCGAUCCUCUUGGCGCCAUGGGCGCAGACAACGAGCUGGACGAGCUCAUCAGCAAGGCCAUGAGCAAAAGUGGGCGCGGUCGAUUCACUGGCAUCAUGCCGUCGGAAGAGGAUGCUGCUAAAAUCACUGUCCGCCGCCCCACGAUGGCCGCCCAAAAGACCGCUAUUGUCUCGGACGAUGAGCAGGAAGACGACGAGAGUGAGAGUGAGAAUGCUGAGAUUGAGACCGCCGAUGCUAGCGAGGACGAGGAGAUGGUUUCCGGCAGCGACGAAGAGGCGAGCGGCGGAUCGGAGGACGAGAGCAACGAGCAGAGCUCAGACGAAAAGUAUGAGGUCGACGAGAUCGACAACACUGGGGUGGAAAGUGACUCAGACAUCGACAUGGAAGAAGAUGCUCACAAAGAUGCCUUGAAAAAGGACGACAGCGAGAUCAAAGAGGUAUAUGAGGCCCACGAUUUUAUGGCCGGUCACUUUGCCGACGAUGACUCUGCGCUUAUGCACCAAAAGCUGGCUGCAGUCACGCAAAAGGAGUACAAGCAGGUGGCCAUCGAGGACCCAGUUCUCGGCUCGGCAGUCCUGUACGAUAUUGCCGAUGGCGGUCUCAAGCAGCCCAACCCCAAGCCGCUGAAGCAAAAGCUGGUAAAGCCAUUCCAUAGGCUCAACAAGCGCGACGAUUUUACUGAGUUCCAGCGCGGGCUGUUCAACUGGUUCGACCAGUAUAGAGACGUUGUUUACGCCGACAGGACGUUCGAAAAGGACGACGAGAUCACCACGGCCUACGCUGUCCAUGCAAUGAACCAUGUGGUAAAGUCCCGAGACCGCGAGCGCAAAAACAAUGCCAAGCUGUCCAAGGCACACGCGGCCGGAACUGAUGCCGGCGAGCUUCGCGACCGAGGAUUCACACGCCCGCGCGUGCUCAUCAUCACACCCUUCCGCAAUACGGCGCACAAGAUUGUGCAAAAGAUCCUUAGACUGGCCUCAGCCGACCAGGAAAUGAAUCUAUCGCGCCUGGCCAAGGAGUACGGAACUGGCGAAGACGAGGAGACCGAAAACAGCGCGCACAAGCGCAAGCCAACAUUUGCAGGAAACAUCGACGACUCUUUCCGGAUCGGCGUGCAGCUCCACCACAACACAGUCAAGCUAUAUUCCGAGUUCUAUCGUUCAGACAUUAUCGUGGCCUCGCCGAUUGGGCUCCGCAUGACCACAGGCGCCGAGAGCGGCGAUCGCAAGGACUUUGACUUCCUCUCGUCCAUUGAAGUGGCUAUUGUCGACCAGUGCGAUGUGCUGUUGAUGCAGAACUGGGACCAUGUGUCUCACAUCUUUGAGCACAUGAAUUUGACGCCUAAGAAGGACCACGGAUGUGACUUCUCCCGCGUGCGCAACUGGUACCUCGAGGGCACAGCGCAGUACCGGCGCCAGACCAUCAUGAUCUCCGAGUACAUGACGCCCGAGAUCCAGGCCAUUUUCAAUAACAACUGCCGCAGUAUCGAAGGCAAGGUGCGCUUCAAGCCCAUCUACCCGGGUGCCAUUGCGGACGUUGUCGCGCAAGUGCCCCAGAUUUUCAAGCGCGUCGCGGCCAGACGGCUUAUGUCUGCUGCCGAUGACCGGUUUGCGCACUUCACCGAAAAUGUCCUGCCAGAGUUGACGCGGUCGGCGGCCACGGACAAGCACACGCUGAUAUUCGCCUCGUCGUACUUUGAUUUUGUUCGGAUUCGCAACUACUGCCGCGCGAGAAGCUUUUCGUUUGCCGCCAUCUCCGAGUACUCCACCAGGUCGGAGGCCAUGAGCGCUCGCGUAGACUUUUACAAGGGCGAUCUCCAGUUCAUUCUGUAUAGUGAGCGCGCGCACUUUUACCACCGCUACCCGAUCAAGGGCAUCCACCACAUGGUGUUCUACAGCCUGCCCGACCACCCACUGUACUACUCAGAGCUGGUCAAUCUCAUGCUGACCAGCAACGACGAGACUGCGUCGUCGGCAAAGCUGACGUGCACUGCGUUCUACACAAAGUACGACCAACUCAAGAUCGAGCGCGUGGUCGGAAGCCGGCUGGUUUCGCAGCUGCUGACUGGCGAGCGGUCACAGUAUACGUUUGCCUAGUCAAUUUUUCAAUAAUAAAAUAAAACUUGCACAAUCUAUUUCGAAUCAA